AUGAAUGUACAACUGACCUCCAUGGAAAAAAAGCUUGAUGGAGGCGAAAUUAACAAGGGUUAUACCCCACCGGAAUACGACAGUAUAAACAAUUCAGAACCUACAAAAGUCUCCCAAAUCCACGUUCAGGUGGAUCCAGAUGACAAGGAGGACGAGACAAAUUACACCGGAUGUGCGAAGGUGGCGAAUAAAAUUCAAACUGCUGUCAUUGUUAUUCUAAGCAAACAUGGAAGGAAAAUCAGCUUGACUUUCAAACUCUUAAUUCUGUUGCUUUAUUUUGCCUAUUUCGGCUAUGCCAUAUACUACAAAUUUGGAGACGAGGGUUCGAUUCGCCUUCUUGUUUGUACGAUAUUAGGAGUACUUUUCCUACUGAUUCACAUUUUUCAACGCCUCUGUGGAACAAGAAUCAGAAUAUGUUCGCAAAGAGACAAAGCUACUUCAAAGGGAUAUAGGAGGGCAAGACGGAAUAUAGGACGAUUUCUGAUGUUGGCAGUGUUCGUUGCAUUGACAGCCUACAUCGUUGUUGACGUCCUGUUGGACUAUCCACAGAAUGCACUCUCCAUCGCGGGUCUUGCCAUCUACAUUAUCAUUUUCUACAUAUUCUCAAAAAAUCCUGCCAAGGUCAACUGGCGCCCAGUUUUCUGGGGUUUUGCCAUACAAUACAUCUUUGCCUUGAUAAUUCUCAGAACAAAGUGGGGCUAUGAGGCGUUUCAAUGGCUGGGCGACCGUGUUACAGAAUUUCUUAACUACUCCAACGCUGGAGCAAUAUUUGUCUUCGGCGAACUUUAUACAAACCAUUUCUUUGCAUUUAAGGUUCUUCCAGUAGUGGUUUUCUUCUACACGGUCACAUCUGUCCUGUAUUACCUUGGGGUCAUGCAGGUCGUUGUCAAGAGAAUGGGAAUGUUUCUAGCCUUCUGUUUGGGUACAACUCCUGCCGAGUCCCUCAAUGCAGCGGGUAACAUUUUUGUAGGCAUGACCGAGGCGCCCCUGAUGAUUCAGCCGUUCCUAGAAGAUAUGACUAAGUCUGAACUUCAUGCUGUCAUGACUGGAGGGUUUGCUACAAUCGCUGGAUCAGUACUGGGAGCAUACAUUAGUUUUGGUGUUCCCGCAAAUCAUUUAAUCAGUGCCUCAGUUAUGUCCGCCCCGGCAGCUCUAGCUAUAUCUAAACUAGCAUACCCAGAGACAGAGAAACCCAAAAUUAAAGGCAACGACUUCGACAAGAUGGGAAAAUCAAAAGACAGAAAUGUCAUAGAGGCUAUUUCCUCAGGGGCGAGUAACUCUGUGAAGGUCGUUGCAGCCAUUGCUGUAAAUGUCAUGGCUUUUUUGUGUGUCUUAGAGUUUGUCAACAUGACUCUGACCUGGUUUGGAGAUCGUGUUGGUAUAGAGAGACUGUCUUUUCAGUUGAUCUGUUCCUAUGUGUUCUAUCCGAUCGCCUUCUUUAUGGGGACGGAUAUACCGGACUGUCGUCGUGUGGCGGAACUGAUCGGCAUCAAAACCUUCACUAACGAGUUCGUGGCUUACACAGAACUGUCCCAUCUUAUAACUAACAAAAGGAACUUUACGGAGUACACUGCCACGUGGAACUCGUCCUCCGACUGGUUUUACCAGGGGGAGGAUAUCAUUCUACCUUACGUCAACCAGACUCUCAAGAAAGGAAUCAUCUCGGCUAAGUCAGAAGUUAUAGCAACGUAUGCCUUGUGUGGAUUCUCUAACUUCGGGUCUAUGGGGAUAUUUCUGGGAGGGAUGUCUGCAUUGGUUCCCUCCCGACGAGGGGAUCUCUCAAAGAUCGUUCUGAGGGCCAUGAUAGCAGGAAAUGUCGCCUGCUUCCUUACUGGUUGUAUUGCUGGUCUCCUUUACAAAGACUACGGAUCAGAAUUGUAGAAUCCAACACUUUUCAAGCUUUGUUAUUCCU